AUGGCCAUGAGUUCGUAUAUGGUGAACUCUAAGUAUGUGGACCCCAAAUUUCCUCCUUGCGAGGAAUAUUUGCAGAACAGCUACCUAGGCGAGCAGGGGGCCGAGUACUACAGUGCCUCGCAGGGCUCUGAUUUCCAGCACCAGGGACUCUACCCACGGUCAAACUACAGCGAGCAGCCCUUUAGCUGUAGCAAUGCCCAAGGCUCUGCCGUGCAGCCGCGGGGUCACGGACAGGAGCAAUCCGGCCCAGCGAGCCACUUCCCCGGCCAAGCAGAGCAUUGUCCACCGCCUCCAAUGUCCAACUCGCGAGCCUGCAGCCAGCAGCCGGCCCUCAAACCCCCAAACGGGUCAGCAGUUAAGCAGCCAGCAGUAGUUUAUCCCUGGAUGAAGAAAGUCCAUGUUAACUCGGUGAAUCCCAAUUACAACGGAGGGGAACCUAAACGCUCCCGCACAGCUUACACCAGACAGCAAGUCCUAGAACUGGAAAAAGAAUUUCAUUUUAACAGGUACCUGACCAGGCGCCGCCGUAUCGAGAUAGCCCACACUUUGUGUCUCUCUGAGCGCCAGAUCAAGAUCUGGUUUCAGAACAGAAGAAUGAAGUGGAAAAAAGAUCACAAACUGCCCAACACGAAGGGCAGGUCUUCUUCCUCUGGUUCAAACCCCCAUUUACAGACUGGUUCCAAGGACCAUCAGACUGACUUGACAACUUUGUAG